AUGUGUUCUGGAUAUUUUGAACUAGCACUCCCACAGUUCUUUGGCAUUGGCCUUGAUGAUGGGGAACAGUUUGAGGUGCAUCCUUACUAUAAUCUCACAGUAAAAAUCUUGAGAGCCAGAAACAUCCAUGGCCUAGAUAUAUUGUCUAAAUCAGAUUGUUAUGUGGCCUUGAAACUUCCUACGGCAUCUCCAUUGAUAAAAAGAACUCCGGUUGUCUAUAACAGCAGUGAUCCUGAAUGGAAUGAAACUUUCCAAUACCGAAUCCAUAGUGCUGUAAAGAAUAUUCUGGAGUUAUCAUUCUACAACAGAGGCAUUUUGCUGAGCAGUCUCAACAGUUAUGAUACUUCCGUUGCUUUUGACUUAGGUAAUAUUGCCCCAGGACAGGAUCUGACACAUACAUUUGUGCUAAAUUCUGAGGCACAACCUUGUCUGUGUAUUAAAGGAACUAUCAAUAAAAGUAAGAUGGCCCCAUGGAUGAUAAAGGACAAUUGCCAAAUUAACUUAUCAGUACCAGGGUCCUUUGAAAAUCAGUUAACAACGUUCUGUGGAGUAAAUUUAGAAGAAAACCAGGAGGAGAUUCCAUUUAUCUUUCAUGUGAACAAAGAAGUGUCUUCUCACCUGAACCUGAAAUUGUUACAAACCAUAGCAAUACUAGAGGAAGGAUGGAGUGAGGAUUUAGAGGUGAAGACUUCAAUGGUUGGGAAUGCAAUUAUUCCAGUCUCCGAACUCCCUCUUGAAAAGGAAGUUGAACUGACUGUACCUCUAGGAAGGGAUCACGUUUUGGAUCUGACUUUGAAAGUUGAAGAAAGGAACCAUCCCAUUGAUAUGGAUGUACGUAUUGGCUUUAAACUUUCUAAGGGAGAGCAAGAAUUUUUGGCAAGGAGAAAGACUAUUGUUUCUCGUGCUUUAAAGAAGGUAUUGAAACUGCGGGUGCCACCCUGGAAAGAAGAGGUUCCUAUAGUGGCUGUAUUAGCUUCUGGAGGAGGGAUGAGAGCAAUGACCAGUUGUUUUGGCAGCCUGUCUGGUCUACAACAGCUGGGCCUCUUAGAUAUCCUCACAUAUUUUAGUGGCAUUUCGGGGUCUACGUGGUCUAUGUCCAUGCUCUACAAAGAUGCUUACUGGUCCCAAAGAAAUCUCCAGCAUACAAUUGACAAUGCUCAGAAAAUUGUAACAAGUGGAAAAGUUGGGGCAUUUUCUGCUGAACAACUAGCAUAUUAUUUUCAGGAGUUAAUUGCCUGGGAGAAAACAGGAAGGAAAGCUACCCUUGUGGAUUUAUGGGGCCUGAUCAUAGAGUACAUCCUAAACAACAAGAAGGACCCAACAAAGCUAUCUGACCAACAGAAAGCAGUCAUAAAGGGACAAAAUCCCUAUCCUAUUUAUGCAGCUCAAAAUGUGAGGAUGAAUAUUAAAACCAGUGAAUUUACAGAAUGGGUUGAAUAUACACCCUAUGAAUUUGGUAUUCAUAAAUAUGGGGCUUUUAUACGCAUGGAAGACUAUGGCAGUAAAUUUUUCAUGGGACUAUUGCUUGAGAAACAUGAAGAGCCCAGAAUCUGUUUCCUCCAAGGAAUUUGGGCCAGCGCCUUUGCAGGCAAUAUAGAUGACAUGUGGGAAGAUGCAGAGAUUUCUCAGCUGAAAUUCACAGAAUCUGUGAAAGAUGCCAUCAGAAUUGUAG